AUUCCUUAAAGGAGCAAUGUGUGAUUUUUAGCGGCAUCUAGUGGUGAGACUUGCGAAUUGCAAACGGCAAGUCACUCGCGGCCUCUCCCUCCAAUUGCAAACUCUAUUUUGAAGCUACGGUGGCCAACGUAGGAUAAAGUCAAAGAGAAUAAACUAUGUCGUCGUCUGAGUCUGCAGAGAGUAGCAAGACAAGCAAUGAGAGUCAGGAACAACCUGAAUACGCACCAGAGGUAACUGGAAGAGGGAGAGGGAGAGGGAGAGGGAGAGGAAGAGGAAGAGGACGGAGAGGCAGAGGUGUUGUAGGUGCAGUCAGGGAAGGGAGAGGCAGAGGAGGACCUACCCGCCGGAUCGAUGGCUCAGAGGAUGAAGAAAGAGUUUUAGCCCUCCAAAGGAACCGGAGAGCUGUUACUGAGAGACUUCUACAGGAGAUGACCCUAGAAGAACACCGAGAGCUCUCCACCCUUCUGCUUGAGAGACAGCCAGGCCUGGUCUUUGAUGCCUUGAUAAUGCAUCAGCGCAGACACGGUGCUCCACCUUCUGCUGGAGUCCCAGAAGUACCUUGGUGUACUUGUGGUAACUGUCGGGAAAUGCCUACGGACCAGGAGAGGAAAUGCUGUGGCCAGGAUCAAGCUAACUGUGUGAGCCUAAUGCCUCACUUCUCCCAGUACUGCCUUGAAGAAGGCUUUAUUCGCAUUCACAGACAGUACCGGGAGGACAUUACGGCAUUAGGCAACAUCAGGGAGCCUGGGGAUGACAACCGAGAGUACCGUUAUGGAGCCUAUAGACACUUUAUCUAUUGGCAACAUGGAGCUUUAGGCCAGGGAAACCGACUUGUCAUUCCCAGCUGUUGUGUACGGAGGAUCAGGGACAAGUUCCCUGAUCCUCAAGGACACUACACUGGUUUUAUUCCUGGACUAUGAAUUUCCUUCCAGGCCCUCUGGCAUGUUCAUACAGUUUCCACAAGUACUCCCAAAUCUGCCUCAGCAUCAUCAAGGCAUCAAACCAAUGUACAUAUUUACCGUUUGAUUUAUUAUUUUUCUAUAUAUAUUUAUUACUAUUGUUCCCAUUUUUAUGUCAUUUUAAUUUAUGUUUUACAGUUAUAUAUAUUGUUAUAGU